AUGGGUGUUCGUCAUGUGAUGGGUAGAUCACUAUCACAAAUGGGCAAAGAGUUCAUGAUUAAAUUGGUCAUUCAAAGAGGUAGUGAUAUCGAGAAGAUGCUAAAUUCCUUUUGGUGGGGAGGAGGCAGUAAUAACAGGAGUAUUCGUUGGGAAAAGUUGGCAUGUUCUAUAAAGGAAUGUGGGUUGGGUUUUAGAGACUUUAAAGCCUUUAAUAUGUCCGUGGUCGCCAAACAAGGUUGGAAUCUGAUGUCAAAACCUCAUGCUCUUGUAGCUAGAAUAUUCAAGGCAGGGUACUUUUUUAGAAGUUCUUUCUUGGAUGCUAACCUUGGUUUUAACCCUAGCUUUAUGUGGAAAGUUGUGUGGAAGGCGAAGGAAGUUUUGUCUUUGGGAUGUAGAUGGAGUAUUGGAGAUGGUAGCCACAUUAAGGUCAUGAAUGAGCACUGGCUUCGGGGGAAAAGGGAAGGUUGUCUUAGUGGAUCCCAAAAGGAAGAUGUAUAUAACAUUACUGUUAGAAAUCUUAUGUUACCUAAUGUUAAACAGUGGAAUAUGCAGGUUAUAAGAGAGUUGUUUGACCUUGAAGAUGCUAAGGAAAUCUUACAGGUGUCACUUUUAGAGGAUAUUAAGGAGGAUAUAAUGAUUUGGAAAGAAGAACAAUAUGGUAAUUAUAGUGUGUGCUCAGAGUAUAAAUUAUGGAGGAGUUUGCGUAGGUGUCAUACGAGUGAGCGAGAUAAUGAGGAUUUGUGUAGCCUUUGGAAUAUAAAAGCCCCACCUAGAGUCAAGCAUCUCAUAUGGAGAAUUUGUAAAGGUUGCCUACCAACUCGUGCUAGACUCCAACAACAUUAUGUUCCUUGUCCAUCUACCUGUCAGCUGUGUGAGAAUAACAUUGAAGAUGAUCGGCAUUUAUUUUUUGGGCGUACCGAGGUUAACUAG